CACUCUUUAUUGCAUGCACUACACUAUCACACUCAGCGUGAAUAAUAUAAGCCGAUACUCAGCCUUUACCGGGGGGCACUUUGGACUCCACUGCAAGCAGGCGAGGUAGGUUCAUCACAGUUUACUUUGGGAAGUGUUCAUGUGAAGGGAAGAUCUACCUGUACGUUGGCUCAAUGUCGAGCGAGGAGUGCCGCUCUCCUAUCGGCCUGGACUGCUGCAGCUGUUGCUUAGACCUGGCCAAUGGCUGCGAGUCAGAAUCUGGACACCCCAGCCUGGGCAGCCCGACUUCAAUCAACCACUUCCGACAGCUUCGGGACCAGCUGGCCUUCCAGAACCUCAACACAGACAAGCUGAACAAUAUCAUGAGACAGGACUCGCUGGAGUCGGUGGUUCGAGACCCAUGCUACCUGCUUAAUGAGGGCAUUUGCAACCGCAACAUUGACCAGACUAUGCUGUCAAUCCUGCUCUUCUUCCACAGUGCUUCUGGUGCAAGUGUUGUAGCAAUAGACAACAAGAUCGAGCAAGCCAUGGAUCUUGUAAAAAAUCACCUGAUGUAUGCUGUCAGGGAGGAAGUGGAAAUCUUGAAAGAGCAGAUCAAGGAAUUGGCUGAAAAGAACAACCAGCUGGAGCGGGAAAACAGCUUACUGAAGAAUCUGGCUAGCCCAGAGCAGCUUCAGAAGUUUCAGUCAAAACUUCCGUCGGACUCUCUUCCGAUGGAGCCUCUGGACCUGGAGUCUCCCGAGCAGGGUGGCCAGUACAGCAGCAUGGGCUCGGCUGUGUAAGUGGCUCUGCCAGGGGGCGGGCAGAGCCACGGCUCUCAUUUGAAAUGGACCUCACAAGUUGACAUCAUUGAUGUGCAGCUUCUACCAGACCUGGAUGCACAGACGGGAGGAAAACCCGUCUAAAAUGAAAGCAUCCGACGUUCCAGUGGCCUUCGCAUCUUCUGUAAUACCCGACAAUCUCUUUGGACUGACAUGGAGAAAGAGUGAUGUAGUUGCCUAAGGUUACUGUACAACGGGGCCACUGGCCGCCUGGAAACUGGUCCGGGCUGGUUUUUUAUUCUUGCUUCCCUUUCAGUGAGGAUGAAAGGGGGCAGACAGAGCUGGCCCUGAAAAAGCUCCUGGAUUUUCAAUGCUACAAGCCAGGAUCGCAUGUUAAGUCAAGCCAAGACUCAGUCUCACGUUAAUAAUUUGUCUACAAGAGUUCUUGUAGUUGAGGACUGUGAGCUGGACCUCUUUCUACCACAGUGAUUUUUUUUUUAAUCAUGCCAUCUAAGAAUCGCUUGUAUUCUCUGCAGUUGGGGCUUGCUGCUUAUAUGGGAUGUGUAGCUUUGUUUUUGAGUAAAAUCAACAUGUUUGUAAACUGAUGAUUCUUGUUGGGGCUAAAAAUGUCAAUACAUUUGCUUAGUUCUUAACUUAGCACAUGAUGAGCAAAGCGAUGGAAUAAUGGAGUGCCAUACAGUGCCUGCUAUGAUUGCAUGUGCACUCCUGAUUUUAUAAUCUGCUGAAUUCACACGUCAACUUGCCAUUGGAUGGACCCGAGUGUGUUUGUGCAUAUUGUCCAAAAUGGGCAACAUGCCUCUGACUAACUGUUCUAACUACCAAAGACUCACUUCAUAUUCACACGAUCUUAAGCGAAGUUUUGUGUCUUCGCCAGUUUUUUUAAAGCAUAGGUUGUGUUGCUUUACUGUGUCCAUUGAAAGGUGUUCUCAGCCAUGUAUGGAUGCACAAUGCACAUUGCAAUAAACCUUAUGUUUACACUAAA